AUGGGUUUCAAACAUGCUAUACCAAGUUUCAUUGUGUGGACUGCUGUCCAUGCGUGUCUACCUCCUGCACAGCUGGAUCGCAACAUCACUUUUGAGAUUCCCCAGUCAUCAGACCAAGGGAGCUGCCUGUUCAGAUCCAUCCUGCCUUCAGAUACAGCUGUGCAAGUACUGAUUUGUGUUUUUUUGGUGAUGACCAUCAUCUCUCUGGUUGUUAAUGGCUGCACUCUGUUCAGUCUUGGACGUUCAGAAGAUUUAUCCUGGGAGCCACGGUUUGCCUUGCUGAAAAAUCUAAUUGUGAGUGACAUUCUGCUUAUUAUCACCCAGGGUCCGACAGUAAUACACUGCCUGCUGCAGAAAACCACACUGCCGUAUGGAGCUUGGUGCCUCACCCAGUUCUUCAUUAACACCAUCAGUGUUUUCUGCACUGUGCUGACUAUCACCUGCAUGGCUCUGGAGCGUUACCUGUACGUGUGCCAGGCCAAUUACUACCUGAGAAUUCAAAGCACUAAGCACCUUAACCUCAUAAUUGGGCUCACCUGGGUUAUUCCAGUGUGCCUGUCUACUGUGAUCAUUGCGCUGCUAAGUUUAGGGCACAAUGACUUAUUGCUUGGAAAACCAACUACAGGACUCCUUUGUGAGCCGGAGACCUUGGAGGCACACAUGGGCUUUCCACGGGCUCCAGCCGUCUUUCGUAAAGUGGUGGGGCUUGUAUUGAUGCUGUUUUGCAUCUUUUCUUAUUCUUUCUAUUACCUGCGCAUGUAUCUGGAAGAACGCAAUGUCGUUCAGCCUUUCCAGCAGGUUAACAGAACGGCACGCAGAACUGUAGUCUUCUACUGCUGUAUGCUACUGCUUCAACUGCUCCCCAUUUUUCUGAAGAUAGUUUCUGAUGUUCUGUGGGAACUUGAAGGCAGCAUGGCCAUGAUACACUUGGUGGAUUUCCCUCCAGGCUGGACCUCAGCAGGGGCCCUGCAUAUCAUGUUAGUGGUGAUGCUCCAGGUGCCUCCGUGUAUUAAUCCACUCAUCUACGGUCUGUGCAACAGGGAGGUGAGAGAAGUGCUGCCCAGGCUGCUGUUCUGGAGGAGGGGAAAUCAAUAA